AUGAAUUCAAAUUCUUUAACAGAGAGGAUCACACGUCUACAAGAUCAUCUUUCCUCACAAUAUGUAGAUUUUGAUCGAGAGACAACAACAGAUCGUCUACAAUCACUAUACUCUGAUUUCUCCAAACUCAAAAUCUUGAAUCCAUAUGGGUACGAUGCGAAUGUAAACUACUGGAGAGCCGUUAUUUUGGACUGCAAUCUUCAUGGUUAUUUGACAACAAAGGACUACAGCUGCUUCAUAGACAAAGACGAGCUUGCAGAUUUAUUUUAUCGACCUAAAAAGGGCAAACCUCUUUCACUGAGCCAUGUCGUUGAAGACAUGACUGAAAAAACACACGACUUAAUUACCCAGAAAGAGUAUGAAAAACGAUACCCUAUCCAAGCAACAAACCCAUCCAGCAAAAAGCUCACAUGGCUACAAUGGAUCUAUCAUACACCAUAUCGUUGGCUUAUACCCGAGGCAUCAGCACAUUUGUACAUUGUCUUACCCACAGUGCAAGAGUAUGCCAAGAUAAUCCUUCAACGACAUUACAGCAAACCCUUAUGUAGCUCUCUAGACAAUCUAUUUACCUUUCUGGAGUUUCGAGAGGAAUACGGAACGCUAACCUGCCAUCAAGAGACAAUUGUACAGUUGAGUAGUUUGGAUGUGUGGGUCAUUCUCAGAUAUUUGCAUCAUUGUUAUGGUGUUGCAAUUGCAGAUGCGGUCAAGAUGUUUGGAGCAGCAACUAGCAGUAGCACAGUCAUCAAAUUUCCAGACAGAAACGAAGCCGUCAAAGUAACUGCCAGAAUCACAGACAAUGACAAGGCUAUCAUCAACUUGAAGACUGCGUGUUCCACAUUGCAUAAGCAGGUGGAUGAACUACAAUCAAAGAGCGAAGAAUUUUUAAAGUUGACUCGAGAGUACAACGAGAAAAAUCAGAAGCUUCAAGCAGUCUACAUGUUACGAAAGAAGAAGCAAAUUGAAGGGAUUCUGGAUCGUAGAUUCAAGACAUUGGAAACAAUGGAGACGAUCCUGUUGAAAAUAGAGACAUCCCAAAACGAUUUACAAGUAGUCGAGGCAUUUAAUAUGGGCGCAAACACACUAAGGUCGUUACUGAGUGAGAAGGACACUGUGGAACAGACGAUGGACAAGUUACAGGACACAUUGGAAGAUCAAAAACAAGUUGAGGAGGCUAUGACGAUAGGCAAUGAAGAGAUAUCCAAUCAAACGAUAGGCAUGACGAAUGAGGAUUUAGAAAAUGAGUUAGACUCACUGGUUACUGCUGACAAGCAGCCGCCUUCCACAAGAGACACCGUUGCCAACCUAACUCAGCCGAUUGACACGGAAUCCGAGUUAUUACGGCUGCAAAAUGUAUUGUCAUCAUUAAAUCAUCCACCGAGUGGCAGUUAUCAAAGAAAAAUAAAAACUAAAGAGCUGGCUUGA